AACUACAUUCACAUUCACUGUAUCAGAGUAACCUGAGAAUUCCGAACCAAGUUGACCUUCGAGGCAAUGACAAAGCAUUGGUUACUCACUCCACUCUUUACCUGUCUUCUAUUCAAAAAUAAAUCCAACCCAAAUUCUUCACUGAGAUGUAAAAAACUCGGAAAUCUAUGAUUUUGAACUGUGCCCAUUAAUUGUUACCCAAAAAUGGAAGAACCCUUUUCCCAAUUUUAGAAGAUAUCGAAGUUUCAUAGUUGUUCAGAAACUUUAGGGUUUUUUUUCCCUCUCUCUUGGCCCUAUAAAUACCAGUCUCUAUCUUGUUCUUGUCAUUGCAAUUCAAGAUAUUCACUAUUACAAACAUUCGCUAGUAAACAAGCAGCUGUUCUUCGUGAGCUUAUUCAGCUUCAGAAGGAUAUGGGUCGUUCUCGUGGGAAUUUUCACUCUAAUGAUGAGGACCCGACUCAACGGUCUAGGAGAAAGAAGAAUGUCUCCAGUGAAAAUUCAGAAUCUUCAGCUGCAGGCCAAGGAGCAGGUGAAGGAAAAAGGGCUUACCACUGCAAUUAUUGCAACAAAGACAUCACUGGGAAGAUACGCAUCAAGUGUGCCGUUUGUCCUGAUUUUGACCUGUGUAUAGAGUGCUUCUCUGUUGGAGCUGAGGUGACACCUCAUAAGAGCAAUCACCCCUACAGGGUUAUGGACAAUCUCUCUUUCCCGCUAAUAUGCCCUGACUGGAAUGCUGAUGACGAAAUACUGCUUCUAGAGGGAAUCGAAAUGUAUGGCUUGGGGAACUGGACAGAAGUUGCUGAGCAUGUUGGGACAAAGACCAAAGAACAUUGUAUUGAACACUAUAACAGUGUAUACAUGAACUCCCCGUUCUUUCCUCUCCCGGACAUGUCUCAUGUUGUCGGGAAAAAUAGAAAGGAGCUCCUUGCUAUGGCUAAAGGGCAUAGUGAGGACAAGAAAGGAUCAACCAUGAUUGGGGAGCUAACAUUGAAGGAGGAAUCUCCUUUUUCUCCUUCAAGAGUCAAACUUGAAGAACCACAUCAAGGUGGACCCUCAGGCCGUUUAAUUUCUGGUUCGAAUGCAGAACCUCAAAUGGAGAGGAGUUUCAAGGGGAAGAAACUGAUGUUGUCAGCAAAUGAUGGUCCAUCUUUAGUUGAGUUGAGCUGUUAUAACCCUAAAAGACAGGAGUUUGAUCCUGAGUAUGACAAUGAUGCGGAGCAGCUAUUGGCUGAGAUGGAAUUCAAAGAUACUGACUCUGAGGAAGAGCGGGAGCUAAAGCUGCGAGUACUGCACAUAUAUUCAAAGAGGCUUGAUGAGAGGAAGCGUAGAAAGGAUUUCAUUCUAGAAAGAAAUUUGCUGUAUCCAAAUCCUUUCGAGAAAGACCUGUCUCCUGAAGAAAGGGCAAUAUGUCGGCGUUAUGAUGUCUUCAUGCGCUUCCAUUCCAAGGAAGAGCACGAGGAAUUGCUUCAGACUGUUAUUGCAGAGCACCGAACUCUGAAGAGACUUCAAGAGCUUAAGGAAGCCCAAGCUUCUGGAUGUCGUACAUCCACUGAGGCAGAUAGAUACCUUGACCUAAAAAGGAAAAGGGAAGCUGAAGAAGCUUUACGCAGAUCAAAAGAUAGUGGUCAAGUUGGUACAAGCAGUCAGGCUGGUGCAAACGCUUUCAUGUCUUCGGAGUCUGUUGGCAAAGACUCAAAUUUGAGACCAGCAGGACUGGCUUCUGCAAGUCAUGUAAACGAUUUGGAUAUCUUGGGUUUCACUGAAACUCAAUUGCUGUCUGAAGCUGAGAAGCGCCUAUGCUGUGAGAUCAGGUUACCUUCACCGCUCUACCUGAGGAUGCAAGAGAUCAUAUCAAGAGAGGUUUUCAGUGGGAAUGUCACCAAGAAAGCUGAUGUUUAUCAUUUGUUCAAGAUUGAAGCAAACAAAGUUGAUCGAGUUUAUGAUAUGCUUGUGAAGAAGGGGCUUGCUCCUCAAUGAUGACAUCUCAUGCUUGUAAUUCUGUCUCUAUUGUAUUCAUACAGAAAUGAAAAUUUUGUUUCUUUAAUCAGUCUUGAAGAGAAAGCAUCCAAAACUCUGUACAUCGAUACACCCCUUUCUGUGGGAAAUGAAUAUUAACAAGCUCAUUAGAGUUCCCCUUA